AUGGCUGACAACGAGCCUGCCGCCCCGCCCAAUUGGCGCAUCCCCAAGGCCUGCCAAGAGUGCCGCCAACGCAAGAUCAAGUGCAGCGGCGACAACCCAUGCAAAACCUGCCAACUUCGCCGAACGCCAUGCAUCUACCGCGAAGUCAUCCGCCAGCGCCGGAAAAGGAAUCACGGACUGGGCGACACCAGCCAUCCCACUGGGGACAGGCUGGGGCUCGAUGGACCGCCCCGGCCCGAGUCGAUGCAGCCCCAGGCCCACCGGGAGGAGCGUCCCCUCAGUUUCAACAACAGCGUCUCAGCCACGCAUAUGACCUCCCCCUCGAACAAGGUGCAGCUUUAUUAUGGCUCAACAUCCCAUUUCGCGCUCAUGCACGAGAUCUACCGAGAUCUCACGGCUCAUCAGACCGGCCAGAACGACCAUGGGCCGCACGGCCGGGUCGAGGAAGCCGGCGCCGGACUGGAUAUGCUCAGCUUCCGGACUAUUUUCUUUGGAAUCCCGGCUCAUCCGCACAAGGAUUCGGCAAGGGGGCCCAAUGGCGCCGAUCCGCAUAUCAUGUUCCUGUCUUAUGAUCUGGCGCGUCGCUUUCUUGAUGCGUUUCUGUCUACGCUUUAUGGCCUCCUGCCUAUCUGGCCGGCUGAGCAAUUCGCGCGCCGUCUUGGGCAGAUAUAUGGAUCGCAGCCGCCCCCUCGUACUGAUAAACACCAGUGCAUCCUUAUUAUGGCGCUGGCGCUAGGGUCACUGAUCACGGAGGAGAAUCAUGCUUGGGGUGAUGUCCUGUAUGAGCAGGUCAAGGUGUCCUGCAGCGCUUUUGACGACACUGUGAAUAUCCAGACGAACGAGGUCGGAAGGCCAAAUGCGUGCUUUCUCCAUCUUGGGACUGCAGCGCGGAAGGCAAUUUCUGCUGGUUUGCAUAAAGAAUCGCCGCACGAUAGUGGAGAGACAUGGGAGAUUACUGAAGAAAGAAGACGCACAUUUUGGUAUCUUUAUAUAUAUGAAAACUGGAUAUGCUUCCAUCUCGGACGGCCGAGCUCACUAUCACGGAGGAACGUUGGCAUUCCCACUCCAGAGGACCCUUUCUGCCAGGCGUUGAUCUUCCUGUCGGACGCCAUUUGCCGCUCGGCGGAUGAAUUGUAUGGCCGACACCAUGAAUCGUUACUGCAAAUGUGGAGAAUUGCAAAAUCCAUAUGGGACGAUUUACGGACCUUCGACUCUAAAAUGCAACGUGCGCUUGGAUUUGGGCUUGACAAGCGACCUCAACCGGGUGGCGUUGGGGUGCAGCAGACUAUGUGCAUCACUCUUUAUUAUCAUACAAUCCUUCUCACAUUCCGACCAUUCCUAAUAUUCCGUGGUCGAUGGAAUCAGGAGACAAAAACCGGCCAGGAUUCAGAUAAAGACAGCACAAAGCGCGAAAUACCACCUUGGCUGAAUGAAGCAUGUGGGUAUGCACUGAGUGCUGCAUGCCGGACCAUUCAUUUCCUGUGCGAGUCAUAUACAGCCAACGAGCUAGUCAGGGGCAUUCGAUAUCACGGGUUUUUCUUGUCGAGCUCCUGCGCAGCGGUUAUAUUUGACCUCAUGCACGGCAAGGAUCUCGCCCCGUCCCAUCUUCCCUGGGCCCAUGCCACACUGAGAGCACUUACGGGCAUGAAGCAGUCUGACGCAGUGGAAGCCUCUAUUCUUGCUAUCCAAACCAUCCUCAAACAGCUCAACCCAGCUUACGAAUGGAUCCCUCAAACCGAGCCAUCCAAAUCCCCUACUACGCAGAGUCCAGCGCCAGCAAUCACAAGACCGCCAUAUACUGUGCCCACUUCACGAGAACUUUCAAAUGUACCAGCUGCACCUAAUAGUGCCCUCAACACCACCACCCUCCCUGCCCCGGCCCAAUCACAACCACUGCUCUACGACUUCCAAGGAAACCCGCUAGAGCAGAGCAUGGACAUGCCACCCACAACCGGUGGUACAGGGAGCGGCGAGGAUCUCCUUGAUUUCACCCUGUCGGAUAUGGGCUGGGACUUUGAUUUUUCGACUAUGGAUCUGGAGACGUUUUUCUCUGUUAGUCCGGCGUUCGAUGCGCCGGCGGUAUGA